GUCUGGAACCGCGUCCUUCCUCCGCACCCUCGUCCUGCGACCGCGUCCUGCAGCAGCUGCCCGUCGGAGCCGCCUGACGAGGACCACCCAUCGCCAUGGUGAAGCUGGGCUGUAGCUUCUCCGGGAAGCCGGGCAAGGACCCCGGGGACCAGGAUGGGGCUACCACGGACAGCGUCCCUCUGAUCAGCCCCCUGGACGUCAGCCAGCUCCAGCCACCAUUCCCGGACCAGGUGGUUAUCAAGACACAGACAGAAUACCAGCUGUCCCCCCCGGACCAGCCAAAGAAGUUCCCCGACCUGGAGGCCCAGAAGCUGGCCUGUAACCACCCUGAGGAAGGACGCAGGCUGCCCACAGCGCGGAUGAUCGCCUUUGCCAUGGCGCUCCUGGGCUGUGUCCUGAUCAUGUACAAGGCCAUCUGGUAUGACCAGUUCACCUGCCCCGACGGCUUCCUGCUCCGGCACAAGAUCUGCACCCCGCUGACCCUGGAGAUGUACUACACCGAGAUGGACCCCGAGCGCCACCGCAGCAUCCUGGCGGCCAUCGGGGCCUACCCGCUGAGCCGCAAGCACGGCACGGAGACGCCCUCGGCCUGGGGGGAGGGCUACCGCGCCGUCAAGGAGGGACCCAAGGCGCCCACCCAGGCGGGGGCGGCGGCGGCGGCGGCGGCGGCGGCCACCGAGCCCCCCGGGAAGCCCUCCGCGCCGGGAGAGAAAGAGGCGGCGCGGAAGGCGGCAGGCAGCGCCCCGCCCCCGGCCCCCCAGUGAUGGCCCCUCCGCACCUGCAGCCCGGCGCCCCCUGCCGGCACCUGUGACCGCCCUCGCCCGACGCUCUCCCAUCUCGUGGCCGUGCCCCUGCUUCCAGGACCCCUCGCUGACGCCCCCUGCCCCCGAGCUUGCAGCUCUGUUGCUUUUCUCUAAGUAAAGAUUCAUAUCCACCCGGG